AUGGAUGAAAAUAGUGAAUAUUUAGUAUUUGGAGGAUUAAGAUUGGGAAUAAUGAAGCAAGGAAAAGGACAAAUUUAAAAAUACUUAUCGUUUGAUCCUGCUUUGGAUGGACUUCAGAAUUAAAUUAUACCUGUAUACAUAGAAAAUCUUGCAAAUAUUAUUGUCAUGUCGUUUAAUCCAUUGAAAAAAGCUAUGAUACUAUACUAUGGUCUCAACCGAUAAUUACUGUUAGUGCAUUUAUUGUUCAAAAAAUUGAACUAUCAACACUAGCCUCAAUGA